UCACUCCCUCAGAGCAGGACACGGUGGAGAGGACUGUGUUUCCUGUUUGUUCACAUCGCACUUCCGAGCCUUAGCUUAGCCCGACAGAGCGAGCUAAGCUACCGGCCUGUUGGUUAGCAGCCAUUAGCUUCAGAUCAUAAAUCACUAUAUAAAUAUCGUGUUGUUGUGUCGGUGCUGUCGGUUGUUAAACAGCCGGGAGAUGAACCGUGUGAUGACGACAGGCCGCGACUCGACAAACCGCCGAGGCUAACAACAAAGCUAAAGCUAGCACGCGUGACUGCUAGCUUUAGCGUUAGCAUUAGCUAUAGCGUUAGCCGUCCAUGUGGACACUGAUCCAGGUCUCCGUGGUUCUCCUGGUGUGGACCGGGGCUCCGCGGGCCGGGGAGGCGUGUGCUGCCGCCGGGGAGCAGCGGGGAACCAGCGCCGACGCCCUCCUGCUGUGCCGGGCCUGCGGACUGGAGCUAGCCACCGGGGCGGACAUUCACCUGGUCCCCAGCCGCCUGGCGCUGUCCUCCCGCAACCACACGCUGCCCGGGGGCCGGAGGGUCACCGUGCAGCUGUUCGAGAACCCCCACGGGCUCCGCUUCGAGGUGUUCACCUUCAGGAAGGCGGAUGUGGAGAAGCACUGGCCGGCGGACAAACACUUCACCUGGUUCCCCGGGUUCUCGUGGACCGCGGCCACAUGUCCCCGGUGUCGGACCCAUCUAGGAUGGGCCUUCCAGCCGAGUGCCUGGCCCGACACCAUCACAAAAUCUCAAUUUGAGGAGUCAGAUGAAACCUUCGUGGCUUUAAUCACUCACCAGCUGCUUAGUGAAGACUUUGCUUCAAGCCUGCUGAUGACUCCCAAAUCCUUCACCAGCUGAUGAGACUCUUUCAGUUAACCCAGGUGCCUUUUCUGUGACCUUUCCCCUAAAUAAAUGUCUAUAUGCCUC